AUGGCGACCGGCCAACUGUUUUCAAAGAACACCCAGGCUCUGUUCUACAACUAUAAGCAGAAUCCCGUUCAACGGAUGCUGGAUUUCGACUUCUUAUGCGGUCGAACUCUGCCUUCUGUUGCUGGCAUCAUCACACCGGGAUCUGAUGGCUUUCACAAGCUCUUCUUUGGCCAAGAGGAGAUCGCGCUUCCGGUUCACCCCAGCAUCACGGCGGCCUGCAAGGCGCAUCCAACGGCUGACGUCUUCGUCAACUUCGCAUCGUUCCGAAGUGCGUUCGAGUCGUCGUACGAGGCGUUGAAGCAGCCCACUAUCAGGGUGGUGGCCAUCAUCGCAGAGGGCGUGCCGGAGGCCGACACGAAGACUCUCAUCGCCUACGCGCGCGCCAACAACAAGGUGAUUAUUGGCCCGGCAACGGUGGGCGGUAUCCAGGCGGGAGCGUUCAAGAUCGGCGACACAGCGGGCACGCUGGACAACAUCAUCAGCUGCAAGCUCUACCGCCCUGGCUCCGUCGGAUUCGUCUCCAAGUCGGGAGGCAUGUCGAACGAGAUGUACAACGUGCUGGCACGCACCACAGACGGGCUCUACGAAGGUAUCGCCAUUGGUGGCGAUGGCUUCCCAGGCUCCACGCUCUCAGACCAUGUCUUGAGAUUCAACAACAUUCCCCAGAUCCGCAUGAUAGUGGUGCUGGGCGAGCUGGGGGGCACGGACGAGUACUCGCUGGUGGAGGCGCUGAAGGAGGGGCGCGUGCACAAGCCCGUGGUGGCGUGGGUCAGUGGCACCUGCGCCACUCUCUUCAAGUCCGAAGUGCAGUUCGGCCACGCUGGCGCCAAGAGCGGGGGGGAGAGCGAGUCAGCACAGGCGAAGAACGCGGCGCUCAAGGCAGCGGGGGCCAUCGUGCCCACAUCAUUCGAGGACCUGGAGACCGUCAUCCGCGCCACCUAUGAGAAGCUCGUGGCAGAGGGCGCCAUCCAGCCAGUGGCGGAGAAGAAGCCCCCUACAGUGCCGGAGGACCUCACAGCCGCCAUCAAGGCCGGCAAAGUGCGCGCCCCCACACACAUCGUCUCCACCAUCUGCGACGACAGAGGCGAGGAGCCGACAUACGCGGGGGUGCCCAUCUCGACCAUCGUGGAGAAGGGCUUCGGCGUGGGAGACGUCAUGUGCUUGCUCUGGUUCAAGCGCUCCCUCCCCGCCUACUGCACCAAGUUCAUUGAGAUGUGUGUGGUGCUGUGUGCGGAUCACGGCCCAUGUGUGUCAGGCGCACACAACUCCAUUGUCACCUCGCGAGCCGGCAAGGACCUCAUCUCCUGCCUCGUCUCUGGGCUGCUCACUAUCGGUCCGCGCUUUGGAGGAGCCAUUGACGAUGCAGCACGCUACUUCAAAGACGCUGUUGAACGGGGGCUGAGCCCAUACGACUUUGUGGAGGGAAUGAAGAGGAAGGGAAUCCGUGUUCCUGGCAUUGGCCAUCGCAUCAAGAGUCGUGACAAUCGCGACAAGCGAGUGGAGCUCCUUCAGGCCUACGCGCGUUCCUCCUUCCCGUCAGUGAAGCACAUGGACUACGCAGUGGCCGUGGAGACAUACACGCUCACCAAGGCAGCCAACCUCGUCCUCAACGUCGAUGGCUGCAUCGGCGCGCUCUUCCUGGACCUGCUCACGUCCUGCGCCAUGUUCACCAAGGAGGAGAUUGAUGAUAUCGUGGCUGUGGGGUACCUCAACGGGCUGUUUGUUCUCUCCAGGAGCAUCGGGCUCAUCGGGCACACGUUUGACCAGAAGCGCCUCAAGCAGCCACUGUACCGCCACCCGUGGGAGGACGUGCUCUACACCAAUAUCAAAGAAGAGGAAGAGAAGGAGGUAGAUGCUGACAUAUCACAAUUCCUUGAGAAGUUGGACGAGUGGUGGAAGACUCUUGAUGCGUUGGAGUUGGCUCUCCCAACUGAGAGCGCUGAACCGGGACAAUUCACUGCAGCAAACGGAGCAGCAGCAGAGCAGGCAGUAGAGGAGUUGGAGGAGCGGCUGAAGACUGUUGGGAUGCUCUGCUCUGCAGCCCAGAUCAACUGGGGUGGAGCGGGUAAGCCUGAUGAGGCAAACGGCGGGGCAGCAGAGGAAGCAAGCUCAGGGGUCAGCCCAGAGCCGCGCCAGUUGCUGACUCGAGCGGACAUGGUUCACUACUUGGACGAGACGAGUGGAUGGGAUGCGGAUCUGUGUGAGUGCUGCUUUGACCGGGCAGUGGGGCAGCGAGCGCAGCGAGCACUAGGCAUCAAGAACCUGGAAGACCUGCGUUGCCACCUGAAAAAGCAACAGCCUCACUGCAUCCCCACUGCAGAUCCCGAGCAGCAGCACCGGGCCCAUUUCGCGUACUCAGCGGUGCAGGGGCUGCAAGCGGGACGUAGAAUCCCGCGUGAGGAGCAGUUUGCGUGGAAGGCGGUGAGGGCGCCUCGUCUCUGUGCAGAAGCCAUGCUCCUGGAGUGGAUGGCUGAGCCUCGUGUGGGCGUGCUCAUGGACCUGGGGAGGAUCAGAUCCCGCCUGCCUGCGAGGUCUUCCCGCUUUGUGACUCUAUGGGCAGCUCAUUUGCACUUGUUCUCAUCUUCCUGGCCUAAGAUUGUUGCUGAGCUGGGGGCAGUCAGGCAGGGGGAACAGGACAGGUUGGCUUCCCUGCUCGUGCAGGUUCUCGGGGUGAAGGGAAGUGCUGAUCUGAGGGACGGGUUCGGUUUCUUUCUGCAGCAUCUGUUGUCAGGCGGGCUGGAGAAGGCGCAUGCAGAGGAGAUGGGGGAAGGAGGAGACGGGGGAAAGACGGCAGAGAGGACGGUUGCGAAGGGGAAGGGGAGAUGUGCCACCGAUUUCGCCCUUGCUGUCACCACAGUGUUAUCUAACCCAGAGCACUGGAAGAGCCCAGAGUUGUUCUUUCAUGAUGGGAGCAACGCGAGCAAAAUAGGGAUUGAGAAUGCAGCUAUUCAGGUGGCCCGAAAGAGGCUGGUUCGUCGCAUGAAGCAGACAGGGAAGAGGAAUAUGCCUGGCGGAGCAGGAGCAGACUUACGAGGAGCUCAGCCGGCUAUAGCCAUCCCUGCAAAUGCUAGGCGCGCGUAUGCGGAUAGGUUGGUGCCGGUCAAUACGAACCUUGUGGUUGCUGCGUUCACGUAUCGUGCUGGCUGCAUCUUGCAGUGGGUCCGAAUCUACGGCUUAGAUUCCAUCACGGAGACACAAUGCUUCAAGGACGACCCUCAGAGCAGGGUCCUGCCCAUGCGCCACCCGUUCCGAGACCUCCCAAGCCUGCUGGUCAGGUUCGGCGCCAUCCCCACGCCUCUGGAGGGAAGCAGCGGGUCACUGGAGUGGGAGGAGUGGCCUGGGGGCGACGAAUCUGCUGUAAGGUUUCCUGUGAACCGAAAGGCGAGGUGUUUUGGGCUUGGGAUUGUGGAGGAGCGUGGUGGACCAGCUGAGAAGCUGACUCAGCAUCCUCCUCAGCGCACGUCUGAAGCAGGAGGGGGCAGCAGCCGUGAAAAGGAGAAAGGUAUCAAGGCAGUAGGUCAAGGAGCUAGCCAGGAAGCUCAACAGAGCAAAGCGGGAGGAGGGUCUGAAGCAAGCGGGAUCACCAGAAGCGCAAGGAGGAGAGCCUGUAAGGCAAUAAGAGCCGGUAUAGAAGCUGUUUCAAGCAGGCCGCGUGGGACAGCUGAAGCAUCUCGGGCAGACGAUCAGAAAGUUACACUGCCCCCGCCCAGAAGGAAGCUUCCUAUCGUUCGCUGCGAGGCUGACGUGGAUUUCCUGGUGGGGUUUGCCGGGUAUAUCAUGGACCCUCCAGCGUGCACCCAGUGCGGCACAUGCUCUGCAGAGUUCAUGCAAUCCGUGUGCAUGGCUGCCCUCAUCGCCAACUUUGUGUACCGGCCAGUCAGCCAUCUGUUCUCGCGCAUGCUCUCAGUCUUCCCGCCCUCCUCCCCUGGAUUCAACGAGCUGGUUGAGUGCCUGGAGCUCCCUGGGCAGCUUCCCAGGCCGUUGAAUCUGCAGAUGCUGCUGAGACGAGCCGAGCAGGUGCCGUUGUACUUUCUCGUUCACAUGGCUGUGUGGUGCGCUCGUCCUCUUCUAGGUCUUGCUGGUUUCGAAGGAGGGGAGAGUGAGAAAGGGCAGGGAGUGCAGUCAGGUGCACGGAGGAACGGUAAGGAGGGAGCAGGAAAAGGUGGUAAUGUGAAGGUGCAGGGCGGCUGGGAUGGUGAGAUGGAUGAGGCGGGCGGUGGAGAGGUGUGGGGAGAGCGGCGGUCGUCCCGAGGUACUGUGAGGGGUUGCAGGGGCGGCAAGGGCCUGCCACGGGGAGCAGCACUGCCAGCAGCAGCAACAGCAGCAGCAACAGCAGCAGCAACAGCAGCAGCAGCAGCAGCAGCAGCAGCAGCAGCAGCAGCAGCAGCAGUGAGAGGAAGGGCAACGAGGGGGAGGAGCCGGCUUAUCUGA